AUGGGUCCGAUCACAGAAGUACCGCAAGGCAUCGACGUCCACCAUCAUUUCAUUCCGGAAUGCUAUGCAAAAGCGCUCGCUGAGACUGGGGGCGAUCCUUCGGGCUGGAAGCUCCCCGCGUGGUCUGUCGCGGCAUCUAAGAGCCUCAUGGAAUCACAUGGCAUCCGCACCAGCAUCCUCUCUGUGACGGCGCCCGGCUGCAGUAUCCUCCAAGGUGCACCAGCGGCCGCGCUCGCACGUGCUGUCAACGAAGAGGCUGCGGCCAUCCGUAAGGCCGACCCCGAAUCGUUCGGCUUCUUCGCAGCACUACCGCCCGUAGAAGAUGAUGCGGACGCUGCAAUUGCCGAGAUCAAGCAUGCGCUGGACGUUCUCGGUGCCGAAGGUGUAACAUUGUAUACGCGGUACGGACCGGGCGCCCGGUACCUGGGCCAUGAGGUAUUACGACCCGUGUGGGCGGCACUCAAUGCACGCAAAGCCGUUGUAUUCGUGCACCCUACACACUUAGCCGACACACGACUAGUCAACGCAUCCCUGCCCCAGCCGAUCAUCGACUACCCGCACGAAACGACCCGUGCUGCCGUCGAUAUGAUCACCGCCGGGGUGGUGCGAGCCUUUCCCGACGUCAGGAUCAUUUUACCACACGCCGGCGGCUCAUUGCCGUAUCUGGCGACUCGAGCUGCACAUUUGAUGGCUGAUGCCGGCCUCACUCAGUUCAGUGCCGAUGACUUCCUCCAAGAUGCUAGGAGCUUCUACUUUGACACAGCGUUGUCCGGGAAUGACUUUUCGCUGCCGUUGCUGCUGGACUUUGCUGCGCCCGGGCAUGUUCUGUUUGGCUCUGAUUUCCCAUAUGCGCCGACGCCGACUAUCAACACGCACACGGUGGCUGGGGCGAAGGUACUGGCGGAAAGGAAGGGUAAUAAUGGGAUGGACCUCACUGCCAACGCCUUGCAGUUGCUCCCGCAGCUCAGAUCGAGAUAA